ACACAUUGAAAUGGCCUUUUAGGCUUAGGGACGGAGUAAAGGAGCGAGUAGCAAAAGUCAGAAGGCAGUAGAAACUAGAAGGUAAAGAAUGGCAGGAGAACGAGAGACGAAAUCCGGAAAUGGUAAUGCUGAGACAGGGUCGUCAGUAGAUAAAGACGAGGGAGAAAUUGGAAUGAAGCCAUGGGAGCAACACUCUACAGUGAUCAGCAUCCCUCGCUUCGACUACAACGCUCCCUCUUCUAUCCUUCGUCAAUCUCACCUUGGCUUCCUCAUCACCUGCCCCAUCAAGAGGGAAAAAAGUGCAACAAAAGAAGCAUUUUGUAUUUUGGAAAAGUAUAUUCUAAAUUCUGAUGCUAAAAGAAGGAGAAUUUGUACUGUGAAUGGAGACUCUGAGAGCAUAGAGUGCAAGGAUUCUGGGUGUAAAAAUGAAAUGCCGGAUACUAGUCUUGAAAAAAUCAAGUCUGAUACCUGUUCAGAAAAGAAUCAUGACCUUUCAUUAGUGAAGUUGACAAGGAAUGGGUUGCUCCUCUUUAUGUUUCCAUGUGGAAAGUCUCCUCCAGUUGUCAAUAUUUUGUUUGACAUUGUCCAGUCACUGGAUUCUCAACGUUCAACCAUGCCACGCUGGUGCAAUCGAAUAUUCCCAAUCCAAGGCACAUGUGUCUUAGAUGAGAAAGAACUUCCAUCGAUAGUUUCCAAGCUUGUUAAUGGGUUUAUGAUUGACAACCGAAACAAACUUGGCCAACCUGUUAAGUUUGCAGUUGGAUAUAACAAAAGGGGCAUUGAAGAGUGUGAGAUGAAAAAUACAAAAGGAAACAACAACGAUAAUAGUUCUGCUUUGAUGCACCGUAAUACAUGCUUUAGUGUUGUUGCAGCGAUAGUGAAAGAUAUUGUCCCCAAUUCAGUUGUAGACCUGAAGUACCCAGAGUUUGCUGUUCUUAUUGAGUUACUACCGAUAUCUGGGAUUCCCGGUGGGUUAUCAGUGGGUGGUGUAUCUAUUCUUCCAAAGGAACUGUUUCGUACGAAACCACGGCUGACCGUCAAGUCUUUGGUCGUUGAUACAAAGGCAAAGGACGGGAAAACAAGCGAAUAAGGUCAUGUUUUUCAAUUGUUCUACGAAAAUUUGUCCAUCUUGUGUUGAAGGCAUACUUUUUGGUUCAAUGUAAUCUGGUCCGGUUUAUAAUUAAUUAUCUUAUUUACAAAAAAUAAUUGGACUGCUUUUAAGGGCUCUACAAUACCG